CGCCAUGGCAGAACAUGGCGGCUGUUGACAGCUGGAGCGAAGAUUUAGGGAAAAACUUGAAUUAUUUGUUGUUUGUUUUGUUUUAUUUUGACAUAAAAUUAUAAUUUGUUUAAUUUUCUUUUUAUUCCAACGCGUUAAAUUAUCUCUUUUGUAUUGGAGAGCUUAUUAUCAGUUUUCCGAUGAGUUUUGGAUGAAUUCUGUCUGAUCAUGGGACCAGUCUGACCUGGACUGAGUUGGACAGGAAGGACAUGGAGAAGUUUGGGAUGAGCUUUGGUGGCGGUCCCAGCAGGAAGGAGCUGCUGGAUACCGUCGAGUCUCAGAAGAAGCAGCUGGUCCAGUACCAGACCCGCUUUAAGGAUGUGGUCCGGGCCUACAAGAGUCUCCUGAAGGAGAAGGAGGCUCUGGAAGCCAGUCUGAAGGUUCUGAGCGUGACUCAGGACCUGGACCUCAAGCAGCAGGAGCAGGAUACCGCCAGGCGCCUGGACCUGCUGGAUGAUGGCUGCUCUCUGCACAGCGAGGACAGCGUGGACACAGCAGCAUCGGUGGACGCAGCCAGUGAAACCGCAAGGGGAGAACAAAGCGAGGAGGACCAAGGUGAACCGAGCCAGAGGCCCUGCUCUACGGCUGAUGCUGACAGCAGCAGCAUGGAGGCGGAACAACAGCAAACACCCACCGCCCCCAAUGUGGAGACGGACCGCCGCAUUGCCCAGCUGAAGAGCCAACUGAGCACGCUCACUGCAUCGCUGGCCACUGUGACGCAGGAGAAAUCUCGGAUGGAGGCAAGCUUCCAGGCUGACAAGCGUCAGCUGAAACAGGAAGUUCAGGAGCUGCAGGGGCGUCUGGCUGCCACAACGGCGGAGCAGGAGGCAGAGCUGCAAGCUCUACAGCAACAGGUCACGGAGACCCGUGCUCGCAUCAUCACACAGCAGCACGAAAGGGAGCAGGAGCAGGGAGACCACGCCCAGCAGCUGAGGGAGCUGCAGAGACUCCUGCAGCAGGAGCGAGACCUGCGGCAGGACGCCGAGCUGCGUCUGCACGACGCCAACGCCGCCCUCCUCUCUACCUCACAGGCGGUGGACCGAGGGAUGGAGUCAGAGGCCCACCUGAACCAGGUGAGGGAGGAGAGAGACGAGCUGCGCAGGAGGCUGCAGGCUGCAGAGGAGGAGCAGAAGAAACCAGAUCCCAGAGUGGAGGAGCUGCAGAAGGAACUGCAAGAGCUGAAGAACUCCUUCCAUCAGCAGAUCCACAAUGAGACAAAGAAGGUUUCUGAGGCAGAGGAGCGCGCUCGUGAAAGAGCGCAGGCCGCUGAGCUUCGGGUGGCGGGUUUGGAGCAGCGCGUGUCGGAGCUGUCGGAGCUGCUGGGAUCCUGUGAGAAGGCGAAGCAACGAGACCAGCAGACGGCUCAGAGACUGAGAGACCGCAUCCUGCAGCUGGACACUGAAAACAAGACGCUGGCCAUCGCCGCCUCCAGCAGGUCGAGCACAGACCUCAGCCUGGACGAGUCGCAGCUGGACGUGGCCGUUCUGAAGGACAAACUGCAGACGGUGAAGAAGCUGCUGCUGAUGGCGGCUCAGAGGAACCCAGAUCAGAACAUCCAGGAUCUGGCCAACACCGAGGAGGAGUCAGGCGUGGACAAAACCACAGCUCUGGUUUAUCAGCAGGAGCUGCAGCAGCUGAGGGACGAGUUUGAACGCUACAAGCUGCGUGCCCAGGUGGUGCUAAAGAACAAGACGGCUAAAGAUGGCUGCCAGGCCAAAGAGCUGGAGGAGGUCCGGGAUCAACUGUCGGAGCUACGGGAGAAGUACAUCACCCUGCGGAUCCAGAGCGAUGAGGCGGAGGCGCGGCACCGCCAGCAGCUGGAGGAGCGGCAGCAGCAGGCGGCGGGGCUGCAGCACGCCCACAAACAGGAGCUGGAGCGGCUGGAGGUGCAGCACCGUGACGAGCUGCAGCGGCUGGAGGCGGAGCUCCACAAACACCGGGAGAGGACCAUGGCGCUGCUGGAAGAAAAGGAUCUGGAGCUGGAGAGGCUGAGAAGCACCGUUCUCUGCAGCAGCCGAGACGCCAGCAAAAUCAACAACAUGGCCGACAGUGUGCAGGAGGCCGGCUCCGACUGCGAAGGCGAUGCGGUCAGCCUGGCCCUGCGGCAGGCCACGCCCAAUGAGUCCACCAUGCUGCUUUAUGCCGAGCAGCUGGCACGCAAAGACGUGGAGGUGGGCGGCCUGCGGCGACAGAAAAACCGCCUGGAGGAGGACCUGCACCAGCUGCAGGCCAGGCUCAUCGCCAACGCCGAGCGGCACGAAGAGGAGACGGCCGAGCUGAGGGGCCGGCUCGACAAGCUGAUCCGGGAUCAGAACCGAGAGGGCGCAAACCUGGAGUACCUGAAGAACGUCAUCUACAAGUUCCUGACGCUGCAGGACGCCAGCGGGCGGCUGCAGACACUAAACGCCAUCCUGACCAUCCUGCAUUUCAGCCCGCAGGAGAAAGAUGACGUCUCCAAGCUGCAGGGGCCAGCCUGGUGGGGCCCCAUACGGAGGUGAACGCCUGCAGGGGCCAGCCUGGUGGGGCCCCAUACGGAGGUGAACGC